AUGGAGGGAAGAAAACAUAAACAUUAUCACGAUGAAGAAUUUGAUCACCAUCUCCUGAUAGACACGUACGCUGGUCGUGAUAAGACAGAUACCAAAGAGGAACUUGUGAAAAUUCCAAUGCAGAAAAUAUUCCAGUUUCUGUCCUCAGGUAUUGUGAAAGGAGAAACUCUGAUAGAUCUCACACUUGGAGCAGCCUUUUGUCAUUUGAUGGUUUUGGCCGACUUCUUCAAGGAAAUCACCAUUUUAGAUUCAUCGGAUAAAGCACUAGAGGAAACUGAAAAAUGGCUAAAUAAGGAUCCAGGAGCUGUAGACUGGUCAGAAGCCGCUGAAAUGUCAUGUGAACUUAAGGGUUUGAGUUUGCCUGUAACAACUCAGACUCUCAACAAAGUGGAGACAGGUCAGACACAUGAAGUAGAUGUCAAAUUCGCUCGGGGAGGACAGGAAGAGCGCAAGAAUGUAUUUUCAAGUGAACUAUUGGAAGCUGAAGAAGACAAAGUCAGAAGAAUUGUGAAACGUUGUUUAAAAUGGGAUCCCACCAAUGACAAUCCACUGGGUUCCAUUGUCCUGCCUCUAGCAGACUGUGCCAUUAGUGCCUGGUACUUUGAUAUCACAUGUAAAGAUCAUGCCAGUUAUCUCAACAACUUUAGAAAAUUCUCAUCCCUGCUGAAGGUGGGAGGUCAUCUCAUUCUGUUUGGCUUUUUUGAUGCCACCUAUAUUACAAUUGGUGAUCACAGGUUUUCCUUCCUAAACUAUAAUGAAGAUUUUUUGAAGGAAGCUCUCCGAGACAAUGGGUAUACAACUCUGAUUUUUGACGUAUAUGAAAGCAAACUAAGCACUCACUUAAUAGAUCAUGCACAUAUUGGAUAUAUCGUAGCUCGUAAGGAAAGGGAGAAUUAA